GGGACAUGAGGGAGUGGCUGGGUAAGCCGCAACGGGCGGCGAGGGGGCGCGACAGGGCCCGCGGCCAGGGCGCCCGAGGCCAGGCGCGGACCCUCGGGCGGUCGCAACUGGAGCCUGGAAGCAGAGGGGCGCAGACGAUGCGAGAAAAAUUGUGGAUGCCCUGGAACGGGCUCUUCGUGAUCGGGAAGAGAAUGGAGCUCCUGGGUAGAAACACGCAAAAGCCUAGGAUGUGGGACCCGAAGCUUGAGUCUGAGGACCGGAGACUGGAAGAUGUGGAAAAGGCAGUCUUGAGAGGAAAGUCAGGCCGGAGUCAGGGAAGGAUGGAUGUGAAACGAGUGCGCAGUGUAGCAAGUGCAUUACAGGCUUCCGCGGGUUUGCGGAAAGACAACUCCAAGGAGGUGUGGGGAAAGCAAGAAGUCAGACACGAAAUAGGGGCUGAAUCUGAGAAUGCAGGGACUACAGCGGGGUCUAGGGGGGGACCUGGGUUUAAAGAGAGGUUGAAGUUUACUGGAGUGGGAACCAGUGGAGAGGACUCGAGAUCCAGAGAAUACGAACUAGGGCAGAAUGCGGAGGCGCUGAGGUCAAGUGGAGAGAAGCUGCGGUCAGGUGGAGAGAAGCUGAGGUCGAGUGGAGAGAAGCUGAGGUUGAGCAGAGAGAAGCUGGUGUUCAGCGGGGAAAGGCGGGGAUCCAGGGGAGAGAAGCUGGGGACUAGUGGAGAGAAAUUGGACGGUUCAAGAAUGGGGAGCAUAAAUGAAGAGAAAAUUGAAAGAGUGAAAGUUACUGGUGAUGAAAGAUUGAUAGAAAUUACUGAUGCUGAGAUGGACAUUCAUUUUGAAAAGGUAGAGGAGAACCAUGAAGAGAUUGAGGAAGGGGUGGGGGUUGAGGAGGAUGUCUUGGAUGAAGUGAAUGAUAAUACUGAUGAAUCCAUUUCUAUGGAAGAGAAAGAUUAUAGACAAAGGUACCAGUGAAUGAGGCAGAUGAAGGAUUUAAGGUAAAGAAGGAAAGAAGCAGGUAGGGGAAGUAUUGCAAGUCAGAGAGGAGAAAUUAGAGACAAGCAGAACAUUACUGACCCUGAAGGGGUAAAUAUGAGAGGGAAAGGAGAGCAUCUUUGCCUAAGAGAAGAGAGAGUGGGAAUGAAGAGCUCCUGGGGAUGAAGGCGGAGACCAGGACCAAAGGAAGUGAAGAAGAGUGAUAAAGAGGGAAAUGGAACAUUUUGAGAAGAAAGAGAAGAUUCGUUAAUGUGUUGAUAGGUAGAGGAAGAGUGGACAUUGGUUUCUUGGAAAAGAACUGUGACUGAGGAGCUUAUAGAGAAAUGUUUGAGAAAUGGAUUUAGGUUAGGCUAGAAGGAUUUAGCUUAACACAUGAUUGGGUUUAUGAGAUGUAGGAGAAUGCACAGUGAGAAAAAUGGAAAGGUACAGCAGGGUAAGGAUAGGUCAUGGAGGUUGUGGACAGAGAUGCAGGCUGGAGUGCAGUUUCUGAGAGAGGAUCCUAAAGAAUAAUGAAGGGCUGCAAAGUGACAAAGGCAAGAGCAGAGAUAAGAAAAUAAAGAAGUGAAGAAAAAAAUCUCUGCCUUCCCAAGACCAUCCACUGCUGGCCUCCUCUGGUGAUUAUCUGAGUACCGAGAAAUUGUUGUCUUUCUUGUAAGAAGCCUGCACAGGCACCAGGUCAAGACGAGCAGUUUUCGGUUGUGUGGGUCUGUCUCUCAGAUUGCGCCUCGCUGUAUAUAAAUUGUGAGCCAAAUAAUCAGACUUGUUCUUUGGCUGGAUUACAUUUUCUCCUGGAAUAUCAGAUGCAUUCCACCAAGACCACAGAAAGAAAAAGUGAAGAUCAAGAAACUGUGACACCGCUUUGUAAGUGCAGAUAUUUUCAA